CAAGAUCUUGACAAUAUGGCCUCCAACGAAGCGGCAGAUACUGUGAUGAGCGAUGCGUCUCCAUCAGCUCAUCCUCAUGGCAUCAAAAGAAAAGCGGACGCACUCGAACCGCCACGACGGAUCCGAGCUUUGGACCCAGAUGUCGUCAACAAGAUCGCUGCAGGCGAGAUCAUCGUAGCCCCUAUGCACGCACUCAAAGAAUUGAUAGAGAACGCCGUUGAUGCCGGCUCAACAAGUCUCGACAUUGUGGUCAAGGAGGGCGGCUUGAAAUUAUUGCAAAUCACGGACAAUGGUUGCGGCAUCAGUAAAGAUGACUUGCCCAUUCUAUGUGAGCGAUUCACGACGUCCAAAUUGAAAGCGUUUGAAGAUCUACAAUCAAUCGGAACGUACGGAUUCCGAGGAGAAGCCCUCGCAAGCAUCAGCCAUAUCGCUCAUCUCGCCGUCACCACGAAGACCGCUGACUCGAGUUGCGCAUGGAAGGCGCACUAUGCUGGAGGGAAACUCACUCCUGCGAAACCUGGACAAAGCGCAGAUCCGAAAGCCUGUGCCGGGCGACAGGGGACACAAAUUACAGUCGAAGACCUGUUUUUCAACGUUCCAACCCGCCGAAGAGCGUUCCGGUCUGCCAGUGAGGAGUAUGCCAAGAUCGCAGAGGUCGUUGGGAAAUACGCCGUCCAUUGUCAAGGCGUGGCCUUCUCCUGUAAGAAGCAUGGCGAGGCUGGCGCAGGCAUUUCUGUCCCUGCCGGCGCAAGUAUACGUGAUCGUAUUCGUAUGACACACGGCAGCUCUGUUGCGAAUGAUUUGAUUGAGGUCAACGUUGAGAAUUCACAAUACGGCUUUCGUUCGAAAGGUCUUGCCAGCAAUGCCAACUACAAUUCGAAACGGACAUCUUUACUGUUGUUCAUCAAUCAUCGUUCUGUGGAGUCGACGGCUGUCAAGAGAGCGGUCGAGCAGGCUUAUGCGGCUUUUCUGCCUAAAGGGGGAAAGCCUUUUGUCUACUUGAGUAUCGAGAUUGAACCGGCUCGUGUUGAUGUGAACGUCCAUCCUACAAAGCGCGAAGUCAAUUUCCUGAAUGAGGAUGAGAUUAUAGAGUUGAUUUGCGAGGAGAUCGCAUCAAAGCUUGGUAGUGUUGACACAAGCAGGACCUUCAUGACCCAAAGCCUGCUCAGCGGAGGCAAGACACCAAGCAUCUCACGAGUCGAAUCGAUUCCCGAGAGUGCCGUCAGUCCAAGUUUGGAUCUGCGAAGAAUGGUAGCCACGCCCUCUGCUACGAAGAAAACAUACGAGAACAAUCUCAUUCGAACAGAUUCUCGCACACGAAAGAUUACUAGCAUGCUCCCUCCAGCUGAUUUCCCCUCCGCUAUCCCUCGCGAGCCUACAAUCGACGGAAUUGAUUACGAGUACAUUGACAAGGAGCCGAUAUUAUGUCGUCUCACAACCAUAAAAGAACUCCGUGCCGUCGUCCGCGAAAACAUGCAUCACGAACUGACCGAGACUUUCGCCCAGCAUACAUUCGUCGGCGUCGUCGAUGAUCGGAAACGUAUAGCAGCCGUACAGAGUGGCGUCAAAUUGUUUCUCGUCGACUACGGCCUCGUCUGCGCCGAAUACUUCUACCAACUCGGGCUGACAGAUUUCGGCAACUUCGGCUCCAUUCGCUUCGAGCCACCCCUCGACCUUCAAAAACUCCUCUCGAUCGGCGUAUCUCAAGCUCGCGAGCUAGAACCCGAGCCGAAUGACAUUUCCUGGGAGGAAAUUGCGCCGGCAGUGCUCGAACAGAUUUCCUCCCGCCGUGACAUGCUCUCGGAGUACUUCUCUCUCGAGGUCUCUGAGGAUGGUGGACAUCUCAUUUCAAUCCCGUUGAUGGUCAAAGGCUAUAUGCCUUCGAUGGCGAAAUUGCCGAAUUUCUUACUCCGUCUUGGACCGUAUGUCGAUUGGACGGAUGAGCGCGCGUGCUUCCAUGCCUUUUUAAGGGAGUUGGCGGAUUUCUAUGUCCCCGAGUCGUUGCUACCCCCGCCAAGUCGGAAGGAUGGUGAAGAGGUGAUUACUGGAAUAAAUGACCAAGAUCUCGGCGAUGGAUCUCGUACAGCGCUCGAGGAGAGGAGGAAACAGGUCCAUCGUGCUCUGGAGAACGUGCUUUUCCCGGCGUUCAAGACACGUUUGGUGGCGACCAAGUCGUUGUUGAAGGGCGUGAUUGAGAUUGCUAAUUUGAGAGGACUAUAUCGCGUUUUCGAGAGGUGUUGAAACAUCCUCCUCCGAAUGGCGGACAUGACCAGAUGUACGUACGACAAGGACAUGGUCCUUCUGAUGUGUCGCCGAGCACGAAUCUGAUGGCUGGAUGAUUAUUGCUCGAUAGAGUAUGAAUAUAUAUAAUGUUGAAUGGAUAACCU